CAGUAUUACUAGCCGCGCGCAAUCCCUCCGCAUCGAAACUGUAGCUGUGUUAACAUAUCGCCACCUGUAUCACGUUUUUACACUUUCAUCAUCGCAUCUGCAAAGGAACGACAAAAACAUUUCCUCAUGACUGACUGCCACAUCUACAAGCUCCCCAAUGAGCUUCUCCUCCAGAUCCUAGCUCCUUUCCCAACCCCUCAACUCCUUCCUUUAACCCUCCUAUCGCACCGCAUAUACGCCCUCAUUCUCCGUAUUCUACGCAACCGACUCCUCGCAGCUUCAGAGCUGCACGCCUAUUCCCUUUUGCUUGAAUGCUUCCACGACUCUGCGAAGCUUACCGAGCCGCCAUACUUUUGCGCAUACCAGGGCACGGAUGGAUUGACGAGGUAUGGGUCGCUGGGCAAGCUCCACGAGAGCGAUGGGCAUGCACAAAGCUCCGAUCUAGCAGCUAGACUGCGCGAAUUGCGGAAUAUGUACUCGCGAUUCCGUCCACACAGGCGUGACCUUGAAAACGACGGUCGGCGCGUUCGCCCACGUCCAGGAGAUAUACCGGGAAGUCGAACGUAUCCCGGCACAAUUUCAGACGGGUACGAGGGCGAAACCGUGAAGCAGACGUUGCAUCUCGAGGGACAUGAGCUGUUCACCCAGUUGAUAGCGCAAUCGAGCCUUGUGAAGAUCAGUCCGCUGCGUGGGCUUUUUACGAGUUGCGUGGAAGUCGAGGAAGGAGUCGUGAGAAUUUGGAGGGAGUGGCUUAAGAAUACGGCUGCAAAGGGGGACGUGGGCAAGACUGAAGGCUUGAAUGACGAGAGGAUUUUGUGGGUUAGUCCGGCUAAGAAUACAGGCUUGCGAGUCAAUGUCAAGGAAAAGAAGAUACGGAGGGAUACCCCCAUAUUAAUGAGUGUAGAUGAGGAUUUGCCAGUGAGUUACGAGGUGGAGUUUGAAGAGUUCCUCGUACGGACAUCUCAUCUUAUGCUGAUGUUUGAGAAGUCCAUGGUACUGGAGGACAAUUCUCCCGGCAAAGCUCUCGUGUUCCGAUAUUGAUAAGCGUAGAUGAGGAGGUGCCAGUGGAUUAUGGGGUGAGCCUGAAGGUAGUUCUUCCCGGUCCUACCGCCAUGGUGAGACCUCUCAAGGUUUUUAUAAAAGUGCAAUUGGGAAAUCUCAUCUUGUGCUGACUUUGAGAAGUCCAUGGUACUGAGGGAAAAGUUUGGCGGCCAAGCUGGAGUGUUUCGAUUAUUCCCCGAGUUGGCAUACUGGAUUUAACCCCACUACGAUCGGAAAAGCCCUUCAGGACCUGAAUCUGCACAACGUCUUCUUAACACAG